UUAAUCUUUUUGAUCCAGUAGCCAUUGGCGAAUCCAGGAGUAUUAAAGUUCCAUUUUGAUUUUGGCGACGAUGAUGAACAGAGUUUAGAGAAAUUUGCAUUGAAGAAGAGAAGAUUUUUGGAUUUUGUGUAGUGGGAGAAGGGUAAACCCUAGCUUGGGAGGGACAUGAUCGGAUGCUCUAAGUAGCUUGUGAAUUAGAGAAAGAGCAAGUGAGCAAAUAUGAUGAACACUUCGAAUGGGAUGAUCUCUGGGCCUUCUUCUUCGUCAGCUUCGGCGGCGAAUCCUCAGUCUCCGGGAAUCAAAACGUAUUUCAAGACGCCUGAAGGAAAGUACAAGCUCCACUACGAGAAGACGCAUCCCUCUGGGCUUCUUCACUACACUCAUGGCAAAACCGUUACUCAGGUUUUGUGUAAGAAUAUCAAAUGCACAUUUCAUUUUUAUGUUUUGAAAGUGGUUUCUGAGAAUGGAUUUGUGAAAUUUUGGUGUCAGGUUACUCUAGCUCACCUUAAGGAUAAACCUGCUCCAUCGACACCAACUGGGACCUCGUCAAGUUCCACAGCUAGUAGCGGUUUCCGGUCAGCAACAGCAAGGUUAUUGGGUGGUGGGAAUGGUAACCGUGCGCUUAGUUUUGUUGGAGGUAAUGGAGGGGCUAAAAAUGUGGGUGCAAGUUCAAGGAUUGGGGCCUCAUUCGCUGCUUCUAGUUCUAAUACCUCAGCUACUAAUACAAAUUUCGAUGGGAAAGGAACUUACUUAGUCUUCAAUGUUGGUGAUGCUAUUUUUAUUAGUGACUUGAACUCGCAGGACAAGGAUCCAGUAAAGUCUAUACAUAUCAGCAAUUCAAACCCUAUGUGCCAUGCAUUUCAUCCAGAUGCUAAGGAUGGACAUGAUCUACUUAUUGGGCUGAACUCUGGGGAUGUCUACACCGUAUCACUAAGACAGCAGUUGCAGGAUGUUGGUAAGAAGCUUGUUAGUGCUCAGCAUUAUAACAAAGAUGGUUCUGUAAAUAACAGCCGCUGUACUAGUAUAGCUUGGGUGCCUGGAGGUGAUGGAUCCUUUGUUGCUGCUCAUGCCGAUGGAAAUCUGUACGUAUAUGAAAAGAAUAAAGAAGGUGCAACUGAUUCUUCAUUUUCUGCUAUAAGGGAUCCUACACAGUUUUCAGUUGACAAAGCAAAAUAUAGCAAGAGUAAUCCAGUAGCGAGAUGGCAUAUUGGGCAAGGUGCGAUUAAUAGCAUUGCAUUUUCAAAUGAUGGAGCGUACUUGGCAACUGUUGGAAGAGAUGGUUAUCUUCGAAUUUUUGAUUUUUCAACCCAAAAGCUAGUGUGUGGUGUAAAAAGUUAUUAUGGUGCUCUAUUGUGUUGUGCUUGGAGUAUGGAUGGAAAGUACCUUUUGACUGGAGGUGAAGAUGACUUGGUUCAAGUGUGGAGUAUGGAAGAUCGAAAGGUUGUGGCAUGGGGUGAGGGACACAAUUCGUGGGUAAGUGGUGUGGCGUUUGAUUCGUAUUGGUCGUCACCAAAUUCAGAGGGGUCUGGCGAGAAUGUCAUGUAUCGGUUUGGUUCUGUUGGUCAGUUUAACAGGAUACAGAUUGUAGAAUGAUUCUAGUGUAGGGGAGCGAUAAAGAGUGAGAGAAGUGAGAUGAAAUCUUUGAUUGGAAAUUUCAUGUAGACGAUGCUAUCACCCCAUAUGACCAAAAGAAAUUCCCAAUUAAAGAUUUCAUCUUACUUCCCUCAUGUGGCUUUUGCCAGAUUACGGGUAUAGAUUUGUUAAUCUGCUGGGUAGAAAUUUGUUAGAAAAUGGCACGCCCUGUGGUCAUUGUUUGAUAACUUAUACUAUGAUCAUCUUUGGGGUUUUGGGCCUUUUGGCUUGCAUUCCAUGUCUUUAUUCCCUUUUCUUGUGCCGAACAGGACACACAGUUACUGCUAUGGGACCUAGAAAUGGAUGAGAUUGUUGUUCCCCUACGGCGACCUCCAGGAGGAUCACCCACUUACAGCACAGGGAGUCAGUCCGCUCACUGGGACAACAUUGUUCCAAUGGGCACUCUUCAGCCAGCGCCGUGCAUGCGCGAUGUCCCAAAGCUCUCACCAGUAGUGGCUCACCGUGUUCACACCGAGCCCCUCUCGGGCUUGAUCUUCACCCAAGAAUCAUUGAUAACAGCUUGCAGAGAAGGCCAUUUAAAGAUCUGGACACGACCUGACACCCAGCCCAGCAGCAGCUCAGAAGCAACAAAUCCAACCACAAGCAAACCCUCGCUGACCAGCAAGGUUGGUGGUUCCAGUUAAUUCAGUCACCAUUUAAAUCAUAUUGUUUCAGGUCGUGGUUUCGAAAGGAAACCCUGUGAAUAUCUCUCCUCGGUACUGAAUCUGACUCUAUCGAUGUGUGGGAGAGAGGCUGAGACAUUUCUGGGGAUUGAUGGAGAUGAAAGGAGAUAAAGAGAGUUUUCAGAUGUAAUUAAGAGAAAACAGAUCUUUUGGAUUUUAGGGUUUAUAUCCAACAAAAGCUAACCAAAAACUAAUAAUUCAAGAUUGGUGCUUCGGAAGAAGACGCAAAAGUGUAUUUUCUUGCAGUUGCAAAACUGUUACGAAAUUUUUAAAGUUUUCCUAUUAUUGUUUCGAUUUAUGUAAAACCCUGAUUUUGGUCUUGAGGCACAUUUUUUGGAUAAUCUACAUUGGAUUAAAGAAAUUUCG